CCAGGGGGGUCGCCUUCUUAUUAUAAAAAGCCUUAAAUAAGACAAUAGAAAAUGCCGCCAGUGAGAAGGCAAGCGAUUACCAUUUCAGAAAAAAAGGCAAUAAGGAAUUUUUACAAUGGAUUUGAAAGUAAGCCUGGGCAAAAAGCAAUAAAAGAUUGGUUUGAAGACACGUUUCAAAAAAACAUAUCUCAAGCAACUAUAUCGACAGUAUUAUCUUCAAAAUAUGAUUACUUGGAUCAUACUGACCUUGUGAAUGAAGGUGCAGUAAAGUUGCGACCUGCGAAGUUUCCAGUCUUGGAGAAUGCGUUGGCUGAAUGGCGGCAACGAAUGGAAAAACAAAAUUUAUCCGUGAGCAGUGAGUCUAUUCGGCAUGCUGCGAUGGAAUUAUGGAAAAAAUUACCGGUUUAUCAGAAUCAACCACCUCCUGCUUUUAGUAAUGGCUGGCUAGAAAAGUUCAAAAAGCGACAUCCCUUGCUAUCCCAAAAAGAAACUUACACCACCACAUCUACGCAAUUAUCGCCGCAAGAGUUGCCUUCUGUCAAUCUUCAACAAGUAUCACAGAAUUCAUUAGAGUCUGCCACAUCUACUUCCCUUAAUCAAAAUUCCAUUUCUCUGCCUAAUACUCCCCCUAUUCUCGGGGAUGAUGGAGCUCAACCGAUCAGCGAUGUAGUGCGCAUUCACGAGCUAAAAAACAGUUAUGCCAUCAACGACAUUUUUAACAUGGAUGAAAUCUCUUUUUUCUGGAAACUCACUCCCAAACGCAUUAUCAGGAAAAAUAAUAUCGGAGGCGUUGAACGCAACAAAGCAUUUGUAACCGUUACCAUUUGCUGCAACGCCAACGGAACUGAGCGGUUGCCUUUGUGGAUUAUUGGAUACUCAAAAGAGCCAAGAGCUUUUCAGGCUGCCAAAAUUCCUCCUCAUAAUUUAAACAUAAUCUGGAAGCAUAAUGGUGUAGCUACAAUGAGUGAUUCUAUUAUGGAAGAAUGGCUUCGAUGGUUUGAUUCCCAAAUGAAAGGUAGAAAUGUUCUCUUGUUGUUGGAUAGUUCCAGCAUCCAUCAGACAAGCAUACAAAACAUUCGAAAUUCAAAAUAUCCUUUAAAUAAUGUAUUGGUUGUCUUAUUGCCUCCAAAUAUGACAAGCAUAUCCAAUCCAUGCGAGCAGGGCAUCAGCAAAACCUUCAAGGCUCAUUACCGUCGAUCGUGGAUUUAUAAUAUUUUACUGAAAACUGAAAAAGAUAUAAAUCCUUUACGCACUGUAAACAUUUUGCAAGCUGUUCGCUGGAUGGUGGACAUUUGGGAAUAUCAAAUUGAACCUGCUACCAUUGCUGGUUAUUUUCGUCGCUCUGGUGUAUUGGGCCCGUUACUAGAGGCAGAACCAGAACCUUCUGAAACUUCACGGAUAGUAUCUCAAUUACAACAGACAGUUUCAAGGUUUGAUAGUCAGAAAACCGCCGAUAUUGAAAAUUUCAUCGAUCCACCUGAGGAAUUAAAUCAAGACCAAGACGGUUUGUUGGUCAAUCAAGUUGCGGCCCACUUCCUUCCUGAUCGUGAUUUUGAAACCGACGAGGAUGAAAUCAUUGAACCAUACGUCUCACUCAAAGACGCUUCAAAAGCUUUGGAAAUAAUUCUAAAAUAUGAGCAGCAGCAAGAUUUUGGUGAUCUUAAUUUAAUCAAGACACUAAAUAUUUACCAAAAAGCCCUCAAUGUAAAAAUAGAAAAGUCCUCCAAGAUGGAAUUUAUUAACACGCUUUUUUAAUGAUAAUUUUAUUUUUAAUCUUUCCUUUAAUUCUUUGCUGUUCACAUUAUUCUGGUAAUACAGAAAACUACCUUUUACUUUCGAACAUAUAAUUCCUAUACUCUGAUCUUUCCAAUAUAAUGAAAUACGACUAAAAAGUUAUUCAUAAAUAAUAUGUCUAUAUUGUCUAUAAGUCUAUAAGUCUAUGAGGAGGUCUAAGUUUAAAUAAUUU